AUGGACACUUUCUUGAAAAUUCUAUAUCCGCUUCCAGAACCCAACCGUCGGCGCGACCGCCCUAUGCAGGUCCUGUGCCUUGGUAUUUCCCGUUCUGGCACAGAAUCACUGCAGGCAGCAUUGAUACUCCUCGGUUAUGAUGGCGUCGCGCACGGGUUCGAAUGGUGGUUGGAUAGAGUCCACGAUAGCAUUACCUGGACAAGCAUGGCGCAGGCCAAAUUUCGAUCGGCAGGGCACGAGUCCGUCUCUCCACUUACGCGCGACGAUUUUGACCGAGUGCUGGGCGACCGUGCCGCCACCACCGACGUACCCACAGUGUGGUUUGCUCAGGAGCUCUUGCAAGCCUACCCCGAGGCUCAAGUCGUCUUGAAUUAUCGCGAGGAUGUCGAGGCCUGGAAGACAAGUUUUCGCCAGUCGGUGCUGCCAAUUAUCGAUAGCACGCGGUAUCAGUUCAUGCGUUUCUUUCAGAGUGAGCUUUUUUGGGCUAUCCGCCUAACGAAUAUGUGCUGGCCGCGCUGGUACAAACACGAUUUCGAGCGAUACGCUGCGGACAGCUAUCUGACGCAUUAUGCGACUCUGGAGGCUUUGCUCGCAUCCCAGCAACGGCCAUUUCUUCGAUGGAAACCUAGCGAUGGCUGGGCUCCGCUAUGCCGGUUCCUCAAACGACCAGUUCCCGCCCAGAAAUUUCCCCAUGGCAAUUUUGCUACAGAGUUUGGACCCAAACUAAUGGUGACCGAUGCCCAUCGACUUCGAAGAGCGAAGCAGAACCUGAUACUUAUAAUAUGCUUGGUCGUUGUACCGGUCAUCGCUUGCAUGGACCUCGUUUUGGAAUUGGCAACCCGUACGUGA